AUGACUACCUAUCUCAUCACCCAAGCAACUGGCCAGCAGAGCCGCUCGGUCAUCUCCCAUCUUCUCCAAGCGGGUGCCAAGAUCCACGCAAUGGUUCGCGACCUUCAGAAAGUCCACCCCAGCCUUCAACAUCCCAGCAUCACCCUCUUCCAAGGAGAAAGCAAGAACUUGGAAGAUGUUCUUCAGGCGGCCCAAGGCUGCAAAGGAGCUUUCCUCAACACGGUCCCAUACCCGGGUCUGGAGGCCUUGCAGGCUAAGACCAUCGUCGAAGCAUGCCAGAAAGCCGGCAUCGAAACUGUGGUCGCAGCUACGACCCACGGCACAGGGAACAGAGCCUUCUGGGAUGAUGAUAUCAUCAAGGAGCUCCAGCUACACCAGUACUUCUCCUCCAAGGCAGAAGUCGAGGAAAUCGUGCGGGCCGGAGGAUUCACGUCGUAUACCAUUCUCCGUCCAGCUGUCCUCCAUUUCGACUUCUUUAUGCCGGGUGCUUACGGCAACUUUCCUCGGCUCCCUACUCAUGGAGAAAUUGACGACGUUCUUCUCAACGGUGCUCGUGUGCCUUACACGGACGCCAACGACGUUGGAAAGUACGCCGCAGCAGCCCUGCAGGACCCGACCAAGUUCAAUGGCCAAGAGAUCAAUAUGGGAAAUGAACUUCUCACCAUGGAGGAAGUGCGUGACAUUCUCGUCAAAGUCAGCGGCAGAAAGGUGGGAGUGACCAAGCGAACUCCCGAGGAGCUGGAAAAGCUGGGGAUCAGCGUGUUUGGCCAGAAGUUCCAUCAAAUGUCUAAUGUGAAGGAUCUCGGCUGGGGUAUUGAGUCUUCAAAGGAUGUCGGGGAAAUGUUCGGCAUGCCUCUGGGUUCAAUUGAAGAGGCAUUGCAGAGGGACAAGGCUCUGCUCCUGGAGUGCUUGCCUGAAAACUAG